CUGACAUCAAUAUCUCAAUGUAUUAGAAUUUGCCCAUUAUACUCAAACGAUCUAAAACAAUUUUGUAUGCGUGAAGCUGAUAUGCCACCACUGACACCACUAACAGUGAGCCGAUCAAGCGAUCACUUGCGAAUUAUAUGACUGCAACAACCCCUGAAUGAAACAAAUAGUCGUGUACUUUUGAUAAGGCGGUUCUAAAAUUAUUAUCGGUGCCCUUAUCGUGUCAACAAAAUCGCUACGAUAGAUUGAAACCUACUCUCAAUAAUAAAUAAAGUAAGUGUAGUUGAAAUUGAAAAAUAGACGCAUCCCGGCGUCAACCCAAACCGUGGGCGCCGAAACUCUUCCAUCCAUACGGCGAUUAUAUAACAUGCGUGCAUUUCGACGCGCACUUUGCUACCAAUUGUUGACGCCUACGAUGCAGACGAUCAGUCUGUCGCAACAUCGCCAUAGCCCACGAAGCGGAAAAACGGCUAUCAGCAUUAUAUAUCAACAAGAUUCUUCCUACCUCGUACACUCAUUGCGAGGAGCUCCGAAUAAAGCAAUCAAGCCACUCUUAUAUUGUCUGUCGUGACAAGAGGGGGAAUUUUGGGCAUGAUGCACAGUUGAAAAGAUGUGUGGCGGCUUCGAUUGUCGAUCUACAAAUAUAGACUCAGUCGCUAUCGCUCGACACCUUCGACGACCUCAUUCAACUAUAGUAUUUUUGCGUAUACAAGGAGCAGAAAGAUCUUCCCGAAACAUAGAUGGCGUGAUGGAUCGAGAUUUCAUCUUUACGGUUGAGUAUGUUUUUGACAGUGUUAGUCUUGAUUUGGGAACUCGCAUUUGUUGGGGCUGAUCAUUCGAUUUGUGAAAUAAUAGCGACUUAAUGAAAAGUGUGCGUGUACGCACCCUGCGAUUGAACCAACUUGAUCAAAACCACUUCUAUAAUAUUCAGGAGCAUUUGACUUUGAUCAUCAGAUAUCAUUUUCCAUAAAGCCAUAUGCUUUGCAAGCA